ACGAAGAUGUCGGCUGAAAGAAGUGAGAACAGUCGAAAUAAUGACCAGAAAAAAACUGCGUUUUGAUGCUGAAAUAACAAUUAUGCCGGCGUAGGACUUUGAGGAACUUGAGAAAAUUUAGUAACGGUUUGCACAAUUAGUUUUUUUUAGUGUUUAAUUAUCUAUGUACAUAGUUUCACCUGCCCAAUGAUGGCGUACAAAUUUUCUAGUGUUCAAGAGACAGCUACGUGUGUUCUUGUUUUGUAUCUUGUUUUAAUGCCAAACUCUUUAUCACAACAAGUAGAAACAAAUCCCGAAGUGUUGGUAUUUAGGAGCUUAAAGUCAAUAGGUUCUGCGAUACAUUAUUUCAUGAAUAUGGAGGCUAGUAUUGAUACGAAUGAACUGCUUGGUUUAAGAGUUGUUGCAGAGUCUCUGUUCACAACGAUAGAGAAUUGCAUGGACUCGGCAAAAGUAUCUGUUCCUCAAGCUUUUCUAGAAGAACUAAAGCUUCUUUGUGCGAGAUUAAAUGUACUGAUUCCCAGAGUACUAAACAUAUACAAACCUACAAUAAAUCAUGAAUACAAAACAUUUAUCGCUUCACACCUCAAAGGUUUCCGCUAUUAUCGACCAAUACGAGUGGAUAAGGAAGACAGAACUAACAUUCAAAAUUUAGAAGGCUUGAAAUUAGAAGAUUUUCAAGAAUGUUUAGGAGAUCUGAGUCUUCGAAAUGCAAGUUUGUGUAUUAUAAGUAACCGAUGUUGGAAAGUACUACAGCCAAAGAUGGCUAAAGGGCAAAGUUUACCUUAUCAAGCUAUGAUAUUGGUUAUGAUAGAAUUAUUAGGGUGUUCAUCUGUGGUGAACAAGAAGUGGAGUCCAUUAACCAUAGAAGAUGCAGCAGAUGAUAUUUGUUACUCUCUUUACCCAAAAGUCUCUUCUUUCCAUGCAAAUGAUUUCGUGCAAGAUCCAGAAGAAGUUGGUAGUUUUUUAGAUUCGUUCUUUGCAUGCAGUUUGUUAGGAUUUCACGAUUUUCUUCAAGUUACUCACAUGAGAAUACCUGCUGUUGUCAAGUGGCAGUUGCCGAGUGGUUGCUUUGGGUUAAAAGAUUUACAAAAUGCUGAUGAAGCAGGAACUUGUGUACCCAGAAUAAGCAGUGCUGCCAUUGGUCAGCUUGGGUUGUAUCUCAAAUGGUUACUGGACCCCACAGGGUUUACAGCCCUAACAGGAAACACUCCAUUCCCUUCACCUUCAGGGUUUAUUCCUAUACUAUGCAUACUUGGUAUAUUAAUUUUAGCGUUAUUCUGUAUGCGGAGAGUGAGAAGGUUUAUCUUGGGAUUGUUGUGGAGAGUACUUGAGCUCUUACCAUUCACUAAAAGAUGAAACUCAAACUUGUAGUAAAUAUCAAGAAUAUUUGAAAAACAUUAUAUCAAGCCAAGAAUAAUUUUCAGGGCUUAAAAUAACAGCAGGACAUCAGAAAAUGUCUGCCCAGUUAUUGGAACUUGUCUGGUCAAAUCUUGGCCUUGACCAAAGACUUACCAGCUGUUAUUUUCAUUUCUAUCCCCAAAAUAUUUGAACAGCAGUAACAGCAAAAACAAUUGUACAACAUGUCCAGCAACAAUGAGGUGUUGCAGGAUGUAGAGCAAAUGAUAAUACUAUGAGACUUUUCUACUCUGUACACACAUUUUUUUUUUUUCGCUUUGAGAAAAGUGGGCUUCUACUUUCUGAAACAAAGAAUAUUUGUCUCAUGUGGGUGAUAAUGCAGAAAAAUUCCAUUCAUUUUAUAAAUUAAUUGAAACAAAGUUAUUAGACUGUCAAGAGUUUGGUGUUUUUACACCCAUACUUAGCAUUUAGUGCUCACUGACUCAUAGGCCAUGUGGGUUAAAUCCAAUUAGUUGCUCGAAUAUAUCAAUGCAAACAAUGUUUUUAAUUUAUGUUUUGGUUUUCAAAGCCAGCAUUAUUUGAUGCUAGUAGGCUAGUACGACAAGGCCAAACAAAAAAAUAAGUGUGUUUCCUGUUGUGCAACCAACCCUAAUUUUCUUGCCAAUUUUUGCCAACCCUAAUAUUUUUUCAUCCCCGGGUUCCCAGUAAGCUCAUUUCCACUGUUGUAUCAGUGAGAAAAAAAAACUGAACUUCCAUUCCCGAUCAUUUUUCUCAUGCAACGGGAAACACACAUCCUUUGUUUGGCCCAAUCAGAAAACAGCAUUGAAGAUAGACCACAAGUCGGAUUUUAAACUUGUUCAAUUUAUUCUAUUUUUUAAACAUUCAGAUGACAUGAAAAACAAAUUCCUUUAUAGCAUUUUUUUUUUGAUUGAGGCCAUCUAUAAAAUUACAUUGCUCAAUAUGGUAUUUUAUUGGACGAUAUGACAUAUUAAGUCUGAUAGUAAACUGCAGCAAGGCUUUUUUCAUACCAUGGCAUUUUUUUCUACACUGUUUGGAAAAUCAUUUUGAAGAUCAUUCUUUUAUUUUUUACAUUUUUAGACUGAUUUCACUUAGAGCAGUUUUCAUAUGAGUGGGAAACAUAUAGUGUUGACUUACAGAAUGAACACRGUUUCCAAUUGUCUCUCGGUAAUUCAUUCAGCCACAACACAGUCAUAGUUACAGUGGUAAGAUACAGUAUAACUAUAGCAUGGCUAUAGAUAUGCAGUAUUGUAUCCUCUCAUACAAAAACUGCUUUAAACCAAGAAACAGAUAUAUAGUAAUCUUAUAGAUGUUAGCAGACACCAAUCCUAAUUAGCAAUUUCAAGGUGGAGGAAAAGACUGGGCACAGUUCACUUUGCAGUGCAUGGUGGGACUGUUUGAGGAGACAUUUCCCAGAUUUCCCUAUUCUUUCUCCUAAAAAGUCUUUUCCUCAAUCUCAGAAUGGUUAUUUAUUUAGUUUAAUCAAAUCCUAUUUGUUAAA